GGGAGGGCGAUAUCGUCGCGAAGAGGGGUCGAUUGUGUCCCGCUCGGAGUCAGUUCCGAACGCGCAAUGAACGAGACCGCGAACAUAUAAAACGACCCCGGCACGAAACGCGAUCGUCAGUGUUUGGGUCCAUCGGAUGUAGACUUUCUGAAUCGGAGUUGUGUGCGAAAUGAAACACGAACAGACAAAAUGUGUGCGGCAACAAGUUUAAGUUUGCCCGAAAUGGAUUACGUCAGUUUGGUUUGCUGUUCGCUGGCUUUUGUGCUUUACUGCAACACGUUGGGUUCGGAAUUUGUUUACGACGAUCGACGAGCAAUCCUAACAAACCCCGACUUGCAACCGAAAACCCCUUGGUCACAGCUUCUGGAAAACGACUACUGGGGCACUCCGCUCCAAGAUCCGAGCUCGCACGGGUCCUACAGGCCUCUAAGCGUGCUCACUUUUCGUCUCAACUAUUUGGCCGGCGGAUUCAGCCCGUGGGGCUACCAUUUGGUCAACGUCGUGCUGCACUGUUCGGCCACCUAUUUGCUCAUCAAAAUCGCUCGAAUUGUUUUGCCGAAGAACAAAAUUGGGUCUAUUGUGACUGGGGCUUUAUUCGCCGCUCAUCCAGUUCAUACUGAAGCUGUUGCCAGUGUUGUUGGCAGAUCCGAUUUGCUAGCAUGCAACCUCUUCUUCCUCUCGUUCCUGGCCUACUCCUCACACGUGAGUCACCGAGACUCGAUUUGCUGCUCAAACUUCUACAAGCGAUACGACAAAAUCGCCACCACUUUACAGAAAACCGUGACAAGUUGCAACAAAACCAACCAUGAACGGAUAUCGUCGAAAUUUCAGGCGUCGGACCGUUGGUGUUGCCGGGUGGCGCGCGUGAAAAGCUGGUGGUACAUUUUGGUGUUUUUAGUUUUAGCGGUGUGCGCGAUGCUUAGCAAAGAAACUGGCAUCACUGUUAUCGGUGUUAGUUUUGUGUAUGACUUCGUCUACUCGAAAAACCAGAAAAAGAAACAAAAACGGAGCUUCCUGAUCCUCACCAUAGCGCUGCUCCUGAUUCUCACAGCUCGCCUCCAAACGAAAACUCCUAGAUUCUCAACAGCUGACAACCCUACGGCACGAGAACCAAGCUCCUCAACGAGAUUCAUGACUCUGAGCUACUUGCCUGCUCUCAACUUUCUGAUGCUGCUCUACCCCAGCGCUCUGAGCUUUGAUUGGGGCAUGGACGCUGUUCCCCGAAUCCAGAGUGUCCGAGACCCCAGAGUCUUUUUCACUUUGUGCUUCUAUGCAGCGCUAAUGGUGGCACUAGGGAUUGGUGCUUCAAAAUGGAUGGAUUAUAAAUCAGGUUGUACAGUGUGCCAAAGAAGAAACUCAGAUGUGCAUUCGCAUCACUGCAGGAUGACCAACAACAACAAUAUUACAGUUCAGUGUCCGUGUCCAGCUCAAAAAAUCACCUGGCGUGACGCUACAAUAUUCGCUCUAUCCCUAAUAAUUUUACCAUUUCUGCCCGCUUCAAAUCUAUUUUUCUAUGUGGGUUUCGUUGUGGCCGAGCGGGUCCUCUACAUACCGAGUGCGGGGUUUUGCCUGUUGAUCGGAAUCGCGGGGGCAAGAUUGUGGAAAAAUGGCACUGGAAGAGUGUAUUUGAGUACCGGAUUUGUUCUGGUGUUGACCGGGUUCAGUGCCAAAACGAUUUUGAGGAAUCGGGAUUGGAGCUCAGAAGAAAAUUUGUACAGAAGUGCCGUGCCUUACAAUCCACCCAAGGCAUACGGCAAUCUUGGCAGCAUAUUGAAUGCUAAGGGACGCAUCGACGAGGCGGAACAAUCGUUCCGGAAAGCUUUGGAAUAUCGCCCGAAUAUGGCCGACGUUCAUUACAACCUGGCCAUCCUGCUACAGAGCAAACAAAAGCUAGACGAAGCCAUCCAGAGCUACCAACGAGCCAUACAUUUCAGACCGUCGCUGGCAUUGGCCUACGUGAAUCUUGGGACGGCACUUAUAGCUACAGGAAAAUGUGAAGAAGCGAUUGCUGUUCUUAGACAAGCGUCCAAACUAGACGGCACUGGCCUCAAGGAUCGCAGAGAGCAUGAAAAUGCGAAAGUUUCUGCUUUGCUACAGCUGGGAGCACUCUACAGCGAUCAGGGUCGACUACAAAAUGCUUUGGCUGUCUACAGAGAGGCUGCCGAUGCACUUCCUCAACACUAUCCACCUCAGAGAGUCUACAACGUCCUUGGAGAAACCCUGGCUAAAAUGCAACUGGACGAAGAAGCGGAAAAGUGGUACAGGGCUGCACUGGAAGCGGAACCCGAUCACGUGCCCGCCCACAUAACCUAUGGAAAACUUUUAGCAAAAAAUGUAAGUAGAUCAGCAGAAGCAGAACAAUGGUUCAGACGAGCUCAGAGAUUAGCGCCUCACGACGCAAGUGUAUAUCAUCAUUAUGGAGCUUUUCUGGUCAUCAAUCGGCGCUACAGCGAAGCGGCCAGCAUGUACGAACGAGCGGCCGAACUGUCGCCCGAAGACUUCGAGUUGGCUGUAGCGGCGGCUACAGCUAUGAGAAAGGCCGGGCUACAGGAUGAAGCCGAACUGUGGUACAGGAAAUCUGUCAGGAUGAAACCAACUGAUCCUCGAGGGCACACGAACCUAGGAGCGAUGCUCCAUCUGAACGGUAAGUACAAAGAGGCGGAGCACAGCUACAAGAAGGCCCUGAGGCUGCAGCCGGACGACGAGACCACUCUGACAAACUUGCACCGAUUGUACGGCAUCAUGACCUGACCCUAGGACGUCAGGAAGUACAAGGGUUAUGUGAUAGAUAAGGCUAGCGGUGAGAGGUUGGAUGCCGAGUAUAUUGUGUAUAAUAGUGAGGCUGAGCUGGAUGAUGCGAAGGAUUUGCCUGAAUUUGUUUGAGGAAUUGUGCGAUUAUCUUAAUCAAAAAAUACUAGUGAGCGAUGUUUUAUUUUAUUUAUUAUACGUCUUAUCAAAAGCCGAGAAUAAUUAAGGUUUGAAUUUUGGAAAUUGGACAUCUUAUACAUUGAUUUAGGAUAAGAGUUUUCAAAAUUAUGUUAAUAGUAGUCCAGGAGUUGACUUAUAUGUAGGCCUCAUCAAAACAUGUUACUAUGAAUUUUAAAUUUUAUUUAUUCCCGGCAUUUGAUUGCUAUAUAAAAUUCCGGCAGGAAAUCUACAAAGCUUUGUAGACCUUAUUCAAAAUCAAAUUUAUCCCAAAAGCAUCGUAAAAACUAGUAUCCACACAAUACAUAGUAGGUACAUAUAAAACCCAUUCCAAUGAUAUUUUUUAUAAUAAAUAAUAAAUGUAGCUCUGUAAGACUGUUGUUUAAAUUUUUAAUUAUUAUCAUUGUAAGAAUUUGCCAAUUAAUUUGUAAAUAUGUAAGUAUAUGGUGUGCAUAAACAAUUGGCCUAAAAAGACACUGAGGCCUAACAAAUUAUCAAAAAUUUGUUUUAAAAGGGACCACCUUUAGCAGUGGUCAGUAAAAUGAAUUAUUAAGACAAUAUUAAUGACGAUCCAAGGUGAUAAAACAAUUUAGUUGGUUUGAAAAUGUCGAUUCAUAAAUCGGUGAUAUUGUAAAUAUUAUUGCCACAUAUCCUUUGAUAAGUGUAAAAUUUGUAUUGUAUUGUAUUAAAGUUGUAAUUUUUCUGCUUUGAAAUUUUUUGUAAAAAUUUAUUGUCAAUAAUAAUCAUUAAAAAGUGUUUUUACAAAAGUUUUCUGCAAUUAUUCCAUUAUAAAUUAUAUUAGCUUUCUAUGGAGAAUAAUGAUAUAUAUAUAUCUAACAAAAAUGUGUAUCAAUUUCAAGUGUAAAAUAAAGCUUAUCUUAUUUUGUGUAACCUUUGUGUUUUAUUUACCACAUGCUCUCGCCAAGCCAACACCCACAAACAACCAUACCCUAGCCGGGAAUCCAACCUGGAACCCGCAGCAUGCGAAGCAGAUACUCAAACUCAAAUUCUUUAUUUAAACAAUUGAUAUGCAGGG